CUAUUAAAUAUGAAUAUACUACCAAAGAAAAGGUGGCAUGUACGUACCAAAGAGAAUAUUGCUCGUGUAAGAAGAGAUGAGGCACAAGCUGCAGAAGAAGAGAGAAUCAAACAUGAAAGAGCUCAAAAGGCUGAAACUGAAGCAAGAAUUAAUUUUCUGAGAGAUAAAGCAAGAUCAAAGUAUGAUGGACGAGAAGAAACUAAAGCUGAGACAGAUGCUUCUACUUCUAAAUUAGAGCAUGUCAAUGUCUUUGCAGACCUUGAACAAGGAAAAAUUGAUCAUAAUAGACCGAAUACAGAACAUGAGAAGGAAAAGAAAGAGGAAAAAGAGAAAUAUGAAAAGCAGAUUGGCUACCUCACAUACCUUGGGCAAGAUACUAAUGAAGCAACAGGGAAGAAGAAUUGGUAUGAGGAGUUGCCUAAAAGAAUAACCGACACAGAGAAAAAUAUAGAAGUACAAACAAAAAAGAAAGCUUUAGAUGAUCCAAUACAUGAUAUUAAAAAGUACUUGAAUAUUAUGGGGGCUGGCUGUGUAGAAAAAUCUUUGAAGACAAAGUCAGAUUCUUUAAAAAGAGUAAAACAUGAAUCAGAGGACAGUGAUUCAGAACAUAAAAGUAGAUCGUCAAAGAGACAUAAACACAAAAAACCUAAGAAACAUAAAAAAGAAAAGUAUCACAGUAAGGAAAGAGAAAGCAGAGAAACACUAAGUGCAAAUAUAGAAAAAUUAAGAGCAGAAAGACUCUUAAGAGAACAGAGUGAAAAAUUAAGGACAGAAGCAUUGUUAGCUAAAAUAAGAGGAGAUCCAGUACCAGUAGUAGCUCUAGAAACGCCUAAACCUACUAUCAAACAGAAAUAUAAUUCACAAUUCUUUCCUGAAAUUGCUAGACAAAAUGCUGAAAGAACACCCAAUAUACAUUUAAUGAAGAAAUAGUGUAAAGUGUAAGUUAAUUUUUAUUGUUUGACUGUGC